CCGCUGCUACAGCAGUCAUGGCCACUUCCGCUAUGGUCACUUCUGCGCAGCAGACUUCCGAGGCCAGCAGUUCAGGUAUCGUCGGGUCAACGGUUCGCGCAGACUGUGAGUCAGUCCACUGGCGUUAUGGCAAGCCCGGCAGCAGUGUUGACUCCAGAGGAUGUCGCCAUCCAGCAGGCAGCCCUGCAAGAGACACAGUUACAACAGGCAUUAGGACAGAUAAAAGCAGAGAAGGAGAAGAUGAUUAGAAGAAGAGCCAAGAUGCAGCGAAGAGAAGCAGACAUAGAGGAGUUAGAGACGAUGGACCUGACGAACAUGGAUGAUGAUGUGAGGGUGGUUAGGAGAGCCCUGCUAGGAGUAAUAGAGAUGCAGGAGCAUCAGACUACCAUCCUUCAGGAUAUCCAACAGAGCGUAGCCAUUCUGGCAGAGCGUGCUCAGGCGGCACCAUCACCAUCCGGGCGUGGGGUAUCCGCAUAUGUAGCCCCGUCAUCGGUUGCGAUGGUUUCCCUGAGCAUGCCGCUGUCAGCAGGGGUAUCAGCAGGGACUAGUUUGCAGGUUCCUGUUCAGACAGUGUUCACCCAAACUCCGUCGCAGGUUGCAGUCACCACGCAGCCUGCUGUAUCACAGCCUGUGCAGCCGCAGGGCACACAGCCCCAGCAGCUGGCACAGCAACCUGUGUCACAGGGUCCACAGCUCGUAGUGAUGCAGGGACCGGGACAGACACAGUGGGUUCCAAAGACGGCCAUCGCCGCUUCCAAACCUUUCACAGGGGAUAAGAGGGGCGAAGACCUCGACACGUGGUUGAGGGCAGUGCCGGUCUACGUCAUGUGUAAACUUACCUUGCCGCACGAAGAAGUGCUUGUGGCUGCUUCCUACCUAGAGGGUAGUGCAACAAGAUGGUUGAGUGGUUUAGUGCAGCUCCAGGGGUGUGGUCAUGACUUCCGCGCUUGGGCGGUCACCCAGAAAUUGGAGGACUUCCUGAAGAUGGUGGAGGACAGGUGGUACGAUCUUCAGGAGGCCCAAAGGGCCACUGAUGCUAUCCUGACACUGCACAUGAGACAGUUCAAACUGUCGAGGAGCAUGUUGCACAUACUUAUUUUUAGUAAGACUGUCGAGGAGCAUGUCGCACAUUUGGACAAAGUCCUCAGUCUCCUGCGACAGCACAAGUUCAAGAUCAACGGUGAGAAGUGUGAGUUUGGCCGCACCCGUGUCUUGUACUUGGGUCAUGAGAUCUCCGCGGAAGGGUUGAAGCCCGAUGACGUGAAGGUGGCCAGCAUUCGUGUUUGGCCAAGUCCUCAGUCUGUGACUGAGAUGAGAUCUUUCUUAGGAAUGACAGGCUACUGUAGGACCUUUGUUAAAAACUAUAGUAUAGUGGCGGCUCCUUUGACUGAUUUGACGCGCCUUGACACCCCAUGGGAGUGGACAGACGAGUGUGAGGCUGCUUUCAAGCAUCUGAAGCAUGCGUUGACGCACUACGAGGUCUUGAAACUUCCUGAUCCUGAUAAGGCAUUUAUAGUCACCACGGAUGCCAGCCAAUAUGGCAUUGGUGUCGUGCUCGCGCAGCAGGAGGGGCCAAAGUUGAGGCCUGUAGAGUACAUGUCCAAGAAAAUGCCGUCUCAGAAGUUGGCUAAGUCCACCUAUGAGAAGGAACUCUAUGCAGUUUACAAGGCUCUGACCCAUUGGAGGCACUAUCUCCUUGGGAGGUUCUUCAUCCUCAGGACUGAUCAUCAGACCCUGAGAUGGAUGAGAACUCAGCCUGUACUCUCUGACGCCCUCAAGCGUUGGAUCGAAGUCAUUGAGCAAUAUGACUUUGACCCUCAGUAUCUGAAAGGGGAGUACAACAAGGUUGCUGAUGCCUUGUCGCGUAGACCUGAUUUCUCAGGUGCGGUGAUUACUGAGUUUAAUCUGACGGACAAUGUUACUCAGUCUUUGGUGGAAGCCUAUCACGAGGAUCAAUUCAUGUCUGAGAUCAUACGCAGACUUCUGCCGAGUUCGAAUUGGGAUGUCCAGUUUACCAACGAGUUGUGGAAGGCCGCUGCAGAGCAGAGAACUCAGUUCCAGAUGCCUUAUGGGAAUCACCCAGAGGCCAAUGGACAGGCAGAGCAACUCAAUCGCGUUGUGCAACACCUGUUGAGGCACUACAUUAACCCCAACCAAGUGCUCUCAUCGCCAGCCUCUCCAACAAUGUUGUACACAACGCCACUAGGGUGAGCCCGAACAGUUUACUACCGACUUUCAAGCCUAGACUACCCCUUGACUUUCUCCUUCCUGAGAAUCAAUCAACUGCUGCACCGAGU